AUGAGGCCUCACACGCAUUCAGAUUUCCUGAUCAAGAAGAAGCGGCUUCCCGCGGAGCUCAGGAAUUCGCAGAGUGAGUUCCUGGUCUGGAUACUUCGCCGGUGUCUUGCAGCGCUACUUCCUCUCUCACGCCCCUCUUCUUGUGCACGCGCCAGUCAGCCGCUGGCUGUCGGCCUCACAAUUCAAGAGAUGAAACGCCUCUUCUGCUGCCUCCUGGAAGCUGCAGCAGACGCCCCUCUCAACCGGAACGCCCAGGGAAGCCUCACGUUUGAGCCGAAGGCGGAAGAAGGUCUUCACUGCACCGACAAGGAUUCGAAGGCUGGCCCUCCCUCCGUCCUCGGGAAACUCCUUAACCUCUCGCUGAAGGGUACUUCCUUGAGGCUUUCGCUAAUUGGCGCUACCCAAACCCCAUAUUGUCGCUGCAGAGCCUUAGAUGUGCGAACACUCGACGCGGACGCGGCAGCCGCGAAUAUAGCAGAAGUGCACUGGGGAGAGGUCGGAGGCAUGGAGGAUGCAAAAGAACAAAUCAGGCAGCUCAUUACGCUACCGCUGCAGCAUCCCAAGCUCUUUUCUGGGGUGCAGCUGCGCGGCGGAUGUCUUCUCUUCGGUCCCCCCGGCACUGGGAAAACGCUCAUAGCGAAGGCCAUCGCCACUGAAUGCGACGUGAAUUUUAUAGCUGUGAAGGGCCCUGAGCUUCUCAACAAAUAUAUAGGGGAGAGCGAGAAGAAUGUUCGCGACCUUUUCGCGAAGGCUCGCGCCUGCCAGCCGUGUGUCUUAUUCUUUGACGAGAUUGAUGCGCUGCUGCCGAGACGAGGCCGUGCCUCGGACUCUGGGGGAGUUCUUGACCGCGUUGUGUCUCAGGUGCUCGCAGAAAUCGAUGAUUUACCUCCUAAGGUGUUUAUCAUAGGAGCCACGAAUCGAAUCGAGCUCCUGGAUGGAGCAGCCCUUCGUGCAGGCCGUAUGGACCGCUGCGUCUACGUUGGGAUACAGCAAGACAAGGGGCCCAUUCUCCGGGCGCUCUUGAUGCAUCUGGUGGUGCGGCAGAGAGCUCCCAGCUGCCUGUCCUCGCUUCACAAGGGAGAGGUCGAGGUAGAGGCGGUGAUCGAGGAACUCACUAAGGCCAUACCUCCUGGGUGCACAGGGGCAGAUUGCAAGGCCCUCUGCAAUGCCGCUUCUCUCUUGGCCACGAGAGAGAGGAUCUACUUUGCACAGACACUCGAGAGAGCCCUGGGCCUUAGUCCCACCGAAUUGCAAGAGGCAGCCCUUCAAAGUUGGCGCUCUAUAGACCACUCGUCGCCUCUGCUAGGAGACUUCACGUGCAUCGCAACUCUGUGGAGGCACUGUGGGGGUGUGGAGCCUACAAAGGCCCCCCAAAUGACUCUCGGCCUACUCGCCAAUACGCAGCUGCCCGAUGGAAACAAUGCUGAAGGCCUGCAGGUGUGGCGCGGCUGUAUCGACAGCUGGACGGGGGAAGAAGCAGCAGACCCUCGGGCAGUAGAAGGUGCAGCAGACAAUGCAUGCGUCCUCUGGGUUAUUAGUACACUACCAACAUCAGCAGUGGCUUCAUCGGCUGCUAAGGAGGCUCAGUGCACGCGAGGUGCAGGGACACUUCAAUUGCUCUGCCUCCAGAACGACAGACGAACUGAAUCGCUUCAACGACUAGCAGAGACUGCAUACUCUGGAGGGAAUCACGGCGCACACCCCGCACUGCUCAAUGGGAAAAAGGCUGCAGUCUGGAUUACUAGGCGCCAAGGCCAUGCCUCUCAACCGGGAUGCCUCAAAGAAGGUCUAGAUGCCCAAAAAGUAGAGCCUCUGUCGAUAUUAGGAGACCUCAUAAUGCAUGAGGGCCCCCCGCCGUGUUUUGUGUUUGCCAUACAUGUGCUGGAGAGGCACCUGCGGGCGGCCCUUGAGGAGUUGCACCCCUCAGUGACUGCCCAAGACUUGCGCCGGUAUGAACACAUGCGAGACCAAUAUGCGGUCAAGACUUAA